GGUUCUGGGGCUUUAGGAAAGCUUCAGCCUGGAUCCCCGUGAGUGCCAGCAUCCUAUGGCCAAAGAACAUCAUUAGGGAACACAGCGGUCAUAGGGCUCCUUGGGGCUCCACGGAGAAACACCCCAGCUCGGGAUAUCCGCAGCGGGAAGGCAAUGGCGGCUCCUCUUCACUCACCAGGCUACAAAGCACUGCUCUGCAUCUGCAUACUCCUCCGGACUCUGUGGGAAACCCGGGCAGAACAGAUCUGCUACUCGGUGCCCGAGGAGCUGGAGAAAGGCUCUGUGGUGGGCAGCAUCGCCAAGGACCUGGGGCUGGAGCCCCAGAAGCUGGCUGAGCGCGGAGUCCGCAUCGUCUCCAGAGGUAAGACCCAGCUCUUUGCUCUGAAUCCGCGGAGCGGCAGCUUGGUCACGGCAGGCAGGAUAGACCGAGAGGAGCUCUGUGACCGAGCUCCAAAGUGUGUGGCAAACCUAGAGAUUCUCCUAGAGGAUAAAGUAAAAAUCUUUGAAAUAGAAGUGGAAAUAAUUGAUAUUAAUGAUAACCCACCCAACUUUGCAACAGACCAGAGGGAAAUAAAAGUUCUUGAGAAUGAAAUUCCUGGGACAAGAUUUCCACUCCCAGAAGCUUUUGAUCCAGAUAUAGGGAUAAAUUCGCUGCAGGGUUACCAGCUCAGCUCCAAUGCUCACUUCUCCCUAGAUGUGCAAAGCGGGGCAGAGGGGACUAAGUACCCAGAGCUGGUGUUGGAGCGCACCCUAGACCGCGAGGAAGAGCCAGUGCACCACCUCGUACUCACUGCGUUGGAUGGAGGAGACCCAGUGCGCUCUAGCACUGUCAAGAUUCACAUAACACUUAUGGACACCAAUGAUAAUGCUCCUGUCUUUACUCAGCCUGAGUACCUCGUAAGUGUUCAUGAGAACUUGCCCAUUGGCACUCGGCUCCUCACGAUAAAAGCCACUGAUCCAGAUGAAGGACCCAAUGGGGAAGUGACAUAUUCCUUCCGGAAAGCUUUCCUGCAGACCUAUUCGCAUGAGGUGUCCCUCACCGCGGACUCUCGGAAGAGCCACCUGAUCUUCCCACAGCCCAACUAUGCUGACACGCUCAUCAGCCAGGAGAGCUGUGGGAAAAGCGAGCCUCUUCUGAUCACUCAGGACUUACUUGAAACAAAAGAAGACCCCAAUCUUGUUCAGAGAAAUGAUUCCUCCUAUCCACAAAGGAGCAGCAGCCGAAGGAGAGAGAAGAUUAGACCAAGACCAGAGGCGAGCAGCAGGGCUCUGUGGCUGCAGGUAAUGUUGUCCUUCCUUCUGUCUUUGCUCUGCUGGGCUCUCCAGGAUCAGGCCCGCUAUUCAACUCCAGAGGAGCUGGCUAAGAAGUCAGUGGUAGGAAACCUCACCAAGGACCUGGAGCUCGGUGUGCAAGACUUGUCUGCCCAGAGACUGUGGGUUAGUACUUCCAAUGGGCAUAAAUAUCCUCAGUUGAUCCUGAAACAUAUUCUGCACAGAGAAGAGCAUAAUUUUCAUCCCUUGGUCCUCACUGCUGUGGAUGGGGGAAACCCACCUCGAAGCAGCACCACCCAAAUCCAAAUUCAAGUCACUGACAUCAAUGACAACCCUCCAGUGUUCAGCAAGGAUAUGUACAGGGUCACAUUGCCAGAGAAGGUUGCCCCAGGUUUCUCAGUGCUUCAGGUGACAGCCACCGACCAGGACAUUAAUGCAGAGAUCACUUACUCCUUUCGCAAUGUGCACAAACAGGUAGAACCGUUGUUCAACUUAGAUGGAAGGAUAGGAGAAAUCAUGACAAAGGAUCAUCUGGAUUUUGCAAUUGCUAAUAGUUACACCCUGAACAUAGAAACAAAAGAUCCUGGAGAUCUUGCAUCCCAUUGCAGUCUUCUAAGACAUCAAGUCGAAAUUCUUGAUGAGAAGGAUUGUGCACCUGAGGUGAUUGUGACUUCAGUAUUUACUCCACUACAAAAAGAUUCACCUCCAAGGACAGUGUUCGCCUUAAUUUAAACAAGAGAUAGAGUCUCUGGAGAAAAUGGUGAUGUAUCCUGCCGCAUCUCAGAAAAUAUAGGGUUUCUGUUGAAAUCUUAUUCAAAGUACUAUUACAAGCUACUAACAGACAGGGCUCUAGACCGAGAGGAGAUCUCUGAGUACAACAUCACCAUCACAGCCAUUGACAGGGGUAAGUUGCCCCUCUCCUCCAGCAAGCACAUCUCAGAUGUCAAUGACAAUGCACAGGUUUUCCAGCAGGCCUCCUACAUGGUCCACAUAGCUGAGAACAAGCUUCCUGGGGUCUCCAUUGCUCAGGUCAGAGCCUCUGACUCUGAUCUAGGACCAAAUGAGCAAGUCUCCUACUCCAUCGUGGUCAGCGACCUAGAGCCUAGAGCGCUGCUGUCCUACAUGUCCGUGAGCGCACAGAGUGGGGUGGUGUUCGCGCAGCGCGCAUUCCACCACGAGCAACUGCACGCUUUCCAGCUCACGCUGCAGACCCGCGACCACGGCUCGCGCGCCAACGUGAGCCUGCAAGUGCUGGUGGGAGACCGCAAUAACAACGCGCCAUGGGUCCUUUAGCCCGCACUGGAGCCCGACGGCUCAGCGCUCUUCGACACGGUGCCGCAAGCCGCCGAGCCCAGCUACCUGGUCACCAAGGUGGUGGCUGUGGACGCUGACUCGGGACACAAUGCGUGGCUCUCCUACCACGUGCUGCAGGCCAGCGACCCUGGGCUCUUCAGCCUGGGGCUGCGCACUGGCGAGGUGCGCACCGCUCGCGCCUUAGGCGAUAAAGACGCUGCCCGACACCACCUGCUGGUCGCGGUGCGUGACGGAAGACAGCCUCCUGUUUUGGCCAUAGCCACGUUGCACAUCAUGUUCGCGGAUAGCCUGCAAGAGGUCUUGCUGGACCUCAGCGAAGGGCCUGUGCCCUCUGACCCCCGGGAGGAGCUGCAGUUUUACCUGGUGGUCUUGGCUUUGAUCUCUGUGCUCUUCCUCCUCGCGGUGAUUCUAGCGGUUGCUUUGCGCCUGCUCCACUCCUCCAGCGCAGCUCCAGGGAGCUGUUUUCAGCCUGGUCUCUGUUCUAAGUCUGGCCCCGUGGUUCCCUCUCACUACAAUGAGAGGAUUUUGCCAUUUUCCUACAAUCUGUGCAUUGCCCCCCAUUCUUCAAAGACAAAGUUUAAUUUUCUGAAUGUGACAUCGGAAGUGGCUCCCUCUCAGUAUCUCUUGUGCGAUGAUCCUUCUGCAGUUGAAGAGUUUUGA